UGCAGCUGUAUAGCUAUGGUUUAUGCCCAGUCAUCAAAAACAGUUGGAGUCAACCCCUCCCUUUACUCUCCGUCCUUCACAUAUCAGAUGUCAUUUAACUACUCUGAGAGGGAAAACUCGACUGUCCUGGCAACUUUACCCACAACUCCCCUGAGCAGCCUCGAGGGCCCGUCCCCUGGCCAGCCCAACAGGACCUCCACCUCGUAUGAGCUGACUUCAGGCGAGGUCGCUGUCCUGGGCUUGGUGUUUGGGGUUCUCUGGCUGGUCUCCAUCUUGGGAAAUGCCCUCGUCUGCCUGGUCAUCCACCGGAGCCGACGGACUCAGUCCACCACCAACUACUUUGUGGUGUCUAUGGCCUGUGCCGACCUGCUCAUGAGCCUGGGCUGCGCCCCGUUUGUCCUCCUGCAGGUCGCCUCAGGACGAUGGCCGCUGAGCACUGCUGCCUGUAAAGCUGUACGCUACCUGCAGCACCUGUGUCCUGGUGUGCAGGUUUACGUCCUGCUUUCCAUCUCUGUAGACCGCUUCUACACCAUCGUCUACCCGCUCAGCUUCAAGGUGUCCAGGGAGAAAGCGAAGAAGAUGAUCCUGGCCUCAUGGCUGUUUGAUGCAGCCUUCGUUUCACCCUGCUUCUUCUUCUAUGGAUCCACGUCUACAGUCGGCAGUCAUUGUGACUUUUUCCUCCCGGACAGCUGGGGCAGUAUAGCCUACGCCGCCGUUCACCUGCUAUUAGGUUUUCUUGUCCCGGUGGCAUUGGUUGUGUCGUUCUACCAGCGGGUGGUCCGUCACAUCUGGAGGAUCAGCGCAGAUGGCCACACGGUGCGUCGGACAAUGAACAUCGUCCCACGGACUAAAGUCAAGACCAUCAAGAUGUUCCUCAUGCUAAACUCAGUUUUCUUCCUCACCUGGACACCCUUCUACGUCGCCCAGCUGUGGCACCCGAGGGAGUCCGAUGGACCCAGCAGGCAGGGGCUGCUCUUCUUCACGGCCAUCGCCUGGAUCUCCUUCAGCUCCACGGCGUCCAAACCGACCCUGUACUCGGUCUACAAUGCAAACUUCAGGAGGGGCAUGAGGGAGACCUUCUGCAUGUCGUCCAUGAAAUGCUACCGCAGCAACGCGUACACCAUUACAGCGAGCUCUCGGAUGGCCAAAAAGAACUACGUCGGGGUGGUUGACAUCCCAGUGCAAGCAAAGACGGUCGCUAAGGACUCGGUUUACGAUACGUUUGACCGAGAGGCGAAGGAGAAGAAAGUCGCCUGGCUCACAAACUCCAAUCCACCAAACACUUUUGUGUAGAUUGGACGAUUUUGAAACUGUGAUCAUACAAAAAUGAUCCAGUGUGAAACUUUAUUCAGCAACAGCACGUCAGUAUUGGCAGG